AUGGGUCCAUCUAUGAAACCUCUAGUUUUGUGGCUAACCAUAGUUGCUGCAAUAAUGUUUAAAGGUGGCGAGACAGGUCUUCUCCCUUCCAAAACAACUGUACAAAUUGUCAAUACCUUGGCUCACCAUGAGGACGUGACUCUUCACUGCAAAGACAAGAACCACGAUCUUGGAGAGCGAGUUCUGAAAUUUAGAGAAAUGUUUGAAUUCUCUUUCAAGCCAAAUCCAUUCUUGAAGGUGACUCUGUAUUUUUGUAGAUUUUGGUGGCCAAUAUUAUCAGAAGCUCAUUACUUUGAAAUAUACGUUCAAGAACGAGACGAGUGGCAGGUGUGUAAUUGGCACGUAAAUUAUUAUGGUCCUUGUUUAUCUGGUGUUUGUUGCCCUUGGGGCUAUAAAUAUGAACCACCAUCAUCAGCAGAUGCCCAUGCUCCUCUUGCUCCUGCUGCUGCAUCAAAUGCCAGUAUUACUCAUCAAUCUCAUUCAUAA